GCAUCCAAAGGAGGAGGAAUUGGCUAAGAAGAUACUGCUUUACAUGUGUUUUACCUAUUCCCAGAGUUGGCAGCAGCAUCACCUAACCUCCUCGCCUCAUUUCUAAGGGGUCGACUAAAAAACGAACCACACUAUUGAUGUCUUAAAGGCUGUCGAGGAGCAAAAGGGAGAGGAGAGUGGUGAGUGUGUCUUCUUUCUAACGAGGAGGGAAAGCAGUGAUGGAAGAGCUCACCGCUUUUGUGUCCAAGUCUUUCGAUCAGAAAGUGAAGGAAAAGAAGGAGGUGAUAACCUACAGGGAGGUGCUGGAGACCGGCUCGGCGCGCGCUGGGAGCAGGGAGUCUUUAACAGUUGAGCCCGGGAGUCGAGAAGAAGCGGUAACAGGAGCAGUUGUCAGCCGAAACGUCGCGCUCUCACCAGGAAGAGAAACGGACAUGCUCGGCCCAGAAAGAAUCAGGGACGCAGGGAGCCCUAAACUCAUAGACGGUAAUACGGACAUAAAGGACAGAAAAGAGGACUCCAAACCAAUUGAGGACGAGACACAGACUAAAAUCAAACAGAGGAGAAGUCGGACUAACUUCACUUUGGAGCAGCUUAACGAACUGGAGCGACUAUUCGAUGAAACGCACUAUCCGGACGCUUUCAUGCGGGAGGAGCUGAGUCAACGACUAGGACUAUCAGAGGCCCGAGUACAGGUUUGGUUCCAGAACAGAAGAGCCAAAUGCAGAAAGCAGGAAAACCAGCUUCAUAAAGGUGUGCUGAUUGGAGCAGCGAAUCAAUUUGAAGCAUGUCGUGUAGCACCAUAUGUCAACGUGGGAGCUUUACGGAUGCCAUUCCAACAGGAUAGUCAUUGCAACGUGCCGCCCUUCUCCUUUCAGGUGCAGGCGCAACUGCAGCUGGACAGUGCCGUGGCCCACGCGCAACACCACCUGCACUCUCACCUGGCAGCGCAUGCGCCAUACAUGAUGUUCCCCGCGCCACCGUUUGGACUGCCCUUGGCCACACUGGCAGAGUCGGCCUCUGCGGCCUCCGUUGUGGCCGCUGCCGCUGCGGCCAAAAACACCAGCAAGAACUCGAGCAUCGCAGAUCUGAGGCUCAAGGCCAAAAAGCACACAGCCGCGCUGGGACUGUGACGACUAUAAUCACGAGGGAGAGGCUGCACACAAGGACUCAACUGAGAGAAUUAUCCAAGGACCAUAUUUAUGUUUUCUUUCUAAUGAAGGACAAUGGUAAUAUGUAUAAAUAUACAGGCUAUUUAUGAAACAAAAAAGAAACAAACUGUAGCCUAUGAAUUGUUGGAACUCAUGGGAUGUCAAAGCAUGUCCCUAUGGGGUCCCAUGGGCCCACAACCGGAGGGCCCGGGACAGCCUGAAGGAGAACAUGCAGCUGGACGAUGGGCUCUUUGUCAAACAGGCGAACCAUUCUGCACUUGUUUUCUUUAAACAUUGUUAUUGGUGUUUUAUUGAAUCGAUAUAGAGGCUGGCCUCGUCUUUUUCAUUAGUUUCUCUGUGACUGAACAGAGAAGGGUAAAUGCAGUGUUUCGAAUGUUUGCGUUCAAUGGCCAACUAAAAAGUGAGUGUGCCCUACGCCUGAUGCAGCGUGUAUGUGGUUAGCCUACUCUUUCCCCCGUUACCCCCAACUCAACUUUGGCUAUGGCCUUGUUUGGGGCACUUCUGCUAGACUAAUGUGAGAUCAGUGAAGACCUCCUGUCAGGGCAAGUCCCGUCCACGAGGUUGCUCAAGACAUUGCAGGCCCCAAGCCAGUAACAAGACGCACCGGUACGGGCAUGUGUAAAAUAUGUUUAUACACACAAAAACAUACGUUAUUUUUUAUCAUUUAGUGGCUUCAAAACG